AUUUCUCAUACAGCCACUCAAGGCAACUAACCUCGGCACUGUGCCGACACCAACAAAAGGCAGUAGUGUUCCAACUAAUGUACGUGUUGGACCAGUUACGGUAGGUAGAGAGUAAUCAUGUUGCGGUUGCUAAAAAACGUUCAAUUAUCACGAUACUUAUCCACUGCUGCCAGACCGGCACCAGAGAGGAAUCCUGCGAUUCUUUAUACAGGAAUAUUUAUUGAUAACGAAUGGCACCGGUCAAAGUCUAACAAAACAUUUCCCACAAUAAAUCCUGCAACUGGUGAAAUUAUCGCGGAGAUACAGGAAGGUGAUGCUGCUGAUAUCGAUGUAGCUGUAAAUGCAGCCAAUAAAGCGUUUAAAUUGGGUUCGCCAUGGAGAACUAUGGACGCUUCGGAACGCGGCGUAUUAUUGAACAAUUUGGCGGAUUUAAUACAACGUAAUCACGCUUAUCUCGCGUCUUUAGAAACGCUAGAUAACGGGAAACCAUACUCGACAGCGUAUGAGUUUGACAUUCCUGGAGCUAUAGCAACAUUGCGAUAUUACGCAGGAUGGGCUGAUAAAAAUCAUGGCAAAACAAUUCCCAUCGAUGGAAAAUAUUUAGCUUAUACUCGUCAUGAACCGGUUGGCGUUUGCGGUCAGAUUAUUCCAUGGAAUUUCCCCAUCCUUAUGAUGGCCUGGAAGCUAGGCCCUGCUUUGGCUACUGGAAACGUUAUCGUAUUGAAACCAGCUGAGCAGACGUCUCUAACAGCUCUGUAUAUAGCUCAAUUAACCAAAGAUGCUGGAUUCCCUAGCGGAGUAGUCAACGUCGUUCCUGGUUACGGUAAAGCCGGUGCUGCGCUAGUUGCUCAUAAUUUAGUUGAUAAAAUAGCAUUCACUGGUUCCACUGAAGUUGGAAAACUGGUACAGCAAGGUGCUGCGAUGAGCAAUUUGAAGAGAACCACGUUAGAACUUGGUGGAAAAUCGCCAAAUAUAAUCUUGAGAGAUGCCGAUCUUGACCAUGCUGUGGAAACAUCUCACUUUGCACUAUUUUAUAACAUGGGUCAGUGUUGUUGCGCUGGCUCGAGAACUUAUGUAGAAGAUGAUAUUUACGACGAAUUCGUGGAACGAAGUGCAGCACGCGCUAAAUCUAGGGUUGUUGGCGAUCCGUUUGACGAAAACGUGGAACAGGGUCCACAGAUCGACGAGGAACAAGUAAAUAAAAUCAUGUCCAUGAUUGAAUCAGGUAAGCAGCAGGGAGCAAAGCUGAUUUCCGGUGGUACGAGGGUUGGUGAUAAAGGCUACUUUGUCGCACCUACGGUAUUUGCCAACGUUGUGGAUCACAUGACCAUUGCUAAAGAGGAGAUCUUUGGGCCAGUUCAACAAAUUCUCAGAUUCAGCAGUUUGAACGAAGCUAUUACACGCGCUAAUGCUUCCGAAUACGGACUAGCAGCAGCAGUAUUUACAAAAGACAUCGAUAAAGCAAAUUAUAUCGUUCAAGGACUCCGUGCUGGCACUGUAUGGGUUAACACAUACAACGUUCUAAAACCCCAAGUACCAUUUGGCGGUUUCAAAAUGUCGGGACAUGGAAGAGAACUCGGAGAAUACGGUCUCGAUGCGUAUACCGAAGUAAAGAGCGUCGUAAUGAAACUUAAUCAGAAAAAUAGUUAAAAUGGUUCAUUUUAAGUUUGUUUUUAAUUAUUUUUUGCUAAAAAUUAUGUCAUUUUAUAAUUUUUGUACCAUUAUACUAUUUUUUUAACAAACAUUAUUAAAUAGUUGAAAUAUAAAAUGAGAAAAACUUCACAUAUUUACCUGCUAAAAAAUAGAAAUGUUCAAGAAUAAAAUUGCUGGAAGCAAGAACUAAGUAUUUUAAAUAUGAAUGUAUUUUUGUACAAUUUGUAUCAUUGAAAAAAUGUAAUGUUAUUUUAGAAAUAAAAAAACAGAACAUACAAAUCUCGCGGGCGUGCGUUUCAAACACCAUUGUACAAUUUACAAAAAUAUAAUUAAUAAAUAAUUUAAUCUUUUUAUAUA